AUGGCCGGUUCUUUAAUUCUCUCUAUAACUUAUGGCAUCACCAUUAAACCGGCCGAAAUCGGUGACCCAGCGAUCAACACAGCUGAUCGAGCACUUGAGGGUUUCGUGGCUGCUGCAGUCCCGGGGUCAUUCCUAGUCGACUACCUUCCGAUUCUCAAAUACGUACCUUCAUGGUUUCCUGGGGCAUCUUUCAAACUCAAAGGAAGAGAAUGGGGAAAAGAUGCUGAUAAGAUGUUGAAUGAGCCAUUUGAUAUUGUCAAGAAGCAGAUUGUUAAUGGAUCAAUCAAGCCCUGUUUUGUCUCUUACUGUUUAGAGAGGAAGAAUACCGAUGAUGCGGAUGAAACAGUUGUACGGGAGUCUGCUGGUGCCAUGUAUCUUGCUGGCACCGACACGACCGUCUGUGCCCUUCAUAUAUUCAUCCUCGCCAUGGUGUGCUACCCCGAAGCCCAGAGAUUAGCUCAAGAAGAACUGGACCGGGUUGUCGGCCCAGACAGGCUAUCGGAUUUGAAGGAUCGCGAUGACUUGCCAUACAUUACAGCUAUUCUGUAUGAGACCAUGCGCUGGCAACCAGUCGAUCCACUUGGUUUAGCCCAUCUUGUUACGGAGGAAGAUGAAUACAGAGGGUAUCGAAUUCCGAAAAACUCGGUAGUUAUCGGGAAUGUUUGGGCUGUAUUCCGAGAUGCAGAAAUAUACGGACGGGACACGGACAAGUUCAUUCCAGGUCGAUUCCUUACUCCAGACGGUCAGAUUAAUCCCGAUAUCCUGGAGCCCAUAAUGUUUUGGGGAACUGGGAGGAGAAUAUGUCCUGGCCGUCAUCUUGCGAUGAUAAGUAUGUACGCAGCCGUAGCAGGCAUGCUACAUUCCUUCAGCAUUAGGAAAGCCAAGGACGAAUUUGGAAAUGAGAUUGUGCCGAAUCAAGAGUUUAUGUCGUCUUUACAGAACAGUCGGCCGGUACCGUUUCCUUGCGACAUCAAGCCACGGUCUGAUCACCACGAGAAACUAAUAAGAACCGCUGCGGUUUUGAUGAACGACGUGGAUGUCUAG